AAGGUUCAACGCUAUAGCAUUCUACCUCGAUGUAGUUGAUAUGCUAGCAAAGGAGGGUUUAUAGUUUCCAAAGAAGUCCAUGCUCGAGAGUUUAUUCAUACGCGGACGCGUCCCAGAGACCAGAGGUCCGGGCUCAAUUGUUUACCUACAUUGCUCUUAUGUCAAUUGAUGAAGGCCCCGAAUCAUUCUUCAUCAGAGAACACUACACGCAAUCCAUCACCACAAGAACACAAGAACUUCCCCCAAAAGAAAACAAUAACAGAUCCAAGAUAUGGCAGACCUUCAACUCCCAACCAACCGACUUAUCGGUCAACAGCCUCAGCAGCCACGAGGCGGAUUCCCUCUGUUCAAUGCUCUUCCAACAGAACUUCAAUGGGAUAUAUGGGAGUUAACGCUACCGCCCACUGCGGUCCGGUUAUCACGAAAAGGCAGUCCGACCUUAAUAGAAUUACCGCAGCCGCCCUCGGGACAUCAUCACGAUAACAUUCCCGAUAUCGAGGACACCCCAAAACCUUCCCAAGAUAUAGUGGCUCUCCGAGUCUGUCAGCAAAGCAGAAUGAUAGCUUUGAGACACUUAAUCAAAUCGCCAUUAUCGAAGCGUCCAUCUGAUGUCAGCCGUAUGCCUCGAAGCUGUAUCUCCACCUACGACAUAGUCGACAUCGAGAUUCUCAACCGUUUAGGAGAAGACGUUAUCAGAAGGAAAGAUCCGCAAGGCCUGAUGGACCGGCUCAUGCGGCAACAGAUUUCUUGGGAAACCGUGACGAAAGUGACGAGCAUCAUCCCCUUCAUCCAGCCAAAAAGACUUCUAUUCGACAUGUUCUCUCGUCGUAUAUCCGCAACAAUUUGCUUGGAUCACCGCUCUGUGCAGCCGUGUUUAAGCAACAAUCCGGACUUGAAGAAAGAAACCUGCGCUAUCCGCUCCUCGGCCAUCGAAGAAUGGGUCUUCGGGUCCAGCAUUGGGUUUGGCCGUGUUCCCGCGUGCCUGCGCUACUUCUUCGAGCACCACCUGGAAGGAUGGAAGGCGUACAACGAUCGCACCACGAUAGGAGGACCCCAGUUCAAUCAAAAGUUCAACCACCAGGGGCUUUGCUCCCGCCCAAGCGAAAUCCUUUGGGCGUGGGUAUGGCUUAUGCAUGGUCUAGGCCCUGGCUCGUGCCUCCCGUCGCCCCUUUCCGGCAUGUGCGCCCCGGAUGCAGUAUCGAUUUUACGGAUGUUCGUCACGAUCAUGAGCGGCGACCCGUGCCCCUCGUGUCAAAACAACAUCGUCAAAAGCGUCGCCAAGCGGUAUCCUGGAGUUCCACUAGAAAGAUUUGAUCUAUUAUUCGUGAUCAGUAGAUCUCUCAUUCCAGACGAGUACUACGCUGUAUUAGAAUUGUUCAGCGCGUAGACGUCGUUCUUGACAUCGCGACUUGGUUUCCCAAAAGGGGUUCAGAGCUCUUCAGAGGCUCAAAGCGUUGUUAGUGUGUUUGCAUCUUGACAUUAGGAUGUCAUGUGAUUCCAGGUUUCUCAAAUCCAACUCCCGUAACGAGAAGACCUAGAGCUAUAUGACAUCCCACCGCUCUGAGAAGAAAAUCUCAUUCCUCAGGUCAGCGGUGGACCCCCCCCCCCCCCCCCCCCCCAAAUUGGAGCAAAGUAGGAAUUAGGAAGGAAGGAAGGAAGGGAGGGAGGGAGGGAGGAAGGGAAGGAAAUGAAACAUGUUUUUUUUUGGUUGUUUAGAAGGAUAUUGGGUUAGAAAAAAAAAGAAUCAUAUCUUUGAAGGAACGAUAAGGGCAGCGGUAUUUUUUCUUGGUGGUGGCAUUGUCACGGUCACAUAACAGAACAUAUACUUAUACUUCUCCCAUCGUAAUGGUGGUUCUUGUAAAGGUUACUUCACACCAUUGACAUCAUUUUAUAAGUUGGGAUGAUAGGCAGGGAUAUAGCGUAUGGACAUUGAAUACAUGUAUACUCGCACAUAGUUUAAAAUAAGUCAUUUUUACUUUUUAUG